AUGGAGAAACCAGUUCGCCCAAAAGCCACGGCCAAGCCUACGCCUUCAUCCUUGGUCACUCAGACAUACCUGCUUGCAUACAAUGCAGUGUGCUUCCUCCUCUGGUCGAUCGUGACUCUGCGAGCCCUGGUCCUUAUUCCGACCCUGGCGUCGCACGGAAAGCUCCAUGGACUCAUUGAAGCACUCUUUCCCCUUCUCAAAUGGACUCAAACAAUUGCACUUCUCGAGGUCGUCCAUGCUGCCAUCGGCAUCGUUCGUGCCAGUCCCGUCACGACUGCGAUGCAAGUCUCUUCACGUAUCCUCGUCGUCUGGAUCGUGCUGGAAAGAUAUCCACAGAUCGUGUCCACUACCACUUCAUGGGGGCAAGUCAUCGCCGGGUCCAAGACUGGCCCAAUCGCAUUCUCCUGGAUUUUGCUUGCUUGGGGAAUCACAGAGGUCAUCCGCUACGGGUUUUUUGUCUGGAAGACCACCAUCAGCGAGAACAUACCUUCAUUCUUGACUUGGCUGCGCUACAACACCUUCUUUGUGCUCUACCCCAUUGGCAUCUCAAGCGAGUGUCUACUCAUGUACUUGGCGUUGAAGCCUGCGGCAAAAGAAGGACAAAAUGUUGAUUUGCUACUCAAGAUUGUUCUGUUCAUCUACGUACCUGGCAGUUAUAUACUGUACACUCACAUGAUGGCUCAGAGGCGGAAAGUACUCAAAGGAAAAAGCAAGUCGGCUUGA